GCGAACAGUCGCACUCUGUCGGCUGUCAAAGUCAACCAACGGUAGCGUCGCUCGUUCAAUUGUUGAAUAUUAUUUGUUUAUUGAAUUUCAACUAAUUUAUUUAGUUUUUAGUGAGAAUAGUCGCUGUGUUGUUUAUUCGUGCUUAAAUAAAUUAAACUAGAAUGGCAGGACGAGUAAAAAAAGUAGCACCGAAGAAAAAAGGAGCUGGUUAUAAGAUGCCAGCUCCUAUCCCUACUGGUGAAGUUAUAAAAGACACUCUUUUCAAAAAGGAGUGGCGGAUAGGACCGUCUAUAGGUGUCGGAGGUUUUGGAGAAAUCUAUUCAGCGUGUGACCAUACAAUUAAGACUAAAGGAUCAGACUAUCCGUACGCAAUUAAAAUCGAGCCUCAUGAGAAUGGACCACUAUUUGUUGAAAUUAAUUUCUAUCUCAGAAAUGCUAACAAGGAUGAUAUUGCAAAAUUCAUGCAAAGCAAAAAGCUGACAAGUUUAGGCAUGCCAACAUUCUUUGGUAAGGGAUCACAUGAGUGCAAUGGAGUCACCUACAGAUACCUGGUCAUGGAGAGGUUUGGCAAGGAUGUCUGGAGCUUGUUUAAUGAAUCCGGAAAGUCCUUCCAGCCUGCUACUGUUUUCCAAUUAGGUUUACAAAUGCUAGAUGUUUUGGAGUACAUACACAGUCGAGGUUAUGUUCAUGCGGACCUCAAAGGUGCAAACAUGCUACUUGGGCUCAAAAAAACUGCAAAGAACCAGGUCUAUCUAGUGGACUUUGGUUUGGCCACGAGGUUGAAAGAAGACCAGCCGUUCAGUCCAGACCCAAAGAACGCACAUAAUGGUACUAUUGAGUAUACAAGCAGAGAUGCACAUUUGGGAGAACCGACAAUGCGUGGCGACCUGGAGAUUCUGGGCUACAACAUGCUCCAUUGGUUGACCGGGGAACUACCUUGGGAGAAGGCAAUCAAGCAACCCAAGACAGUGCAAACUAUGAAGGAAACCUUUAUGAAGAGUGUCAGGAGUAGUAUCAAGAGCCAGUUCCCUAAUGUACCUGAUGCCCUUAUAAAAUUCUUUGAAUAUAUCAACUCAAUGAAACCUAAAGAAGUUCCAGACUAUAAGAAAUGUCGAAAGUUAUUUGAGGACUUUUUGAAAAAUGAAGGCAAGACUAAAAACAGUACCCUUGACUUUGCCUCCAAUAAGUCCAAGUCACCUAAAAAGAGGGUCAAUAAAAUUGUUGUUGAAGAUGUAGUAGAUGGUUCUGAUAAAGAAAGUGAUGAACCUGUUAAGGUUAAACAGAAUGGUGAUGUACCAAAGAAAAGAGGAAGAAAACCCAAAGUUAACCCAGAUCUUGAUACAGAGAAUAAAGUUCCAGAAACUGAGAAAGAGAUCAAGAAGAAGGCGAAAAGAAAAUCCUCGGAGCCAGCAGUGCUAGUCAAGGUAAAGAAAACACGGCUCAACCCUGUAGUGACCCCACCCGCUAGGACUAACCACAACAAUAUUUCCACACAGACCUCCCUUGAAAAAACAAGACAUAGCUCGCGACUAAAUGCCUCACGGCAUGUUUCCUUUGACAGUCCAAUAUCAGAAAUUGUAGGAGAGAAAAGUAAAGAUAGUGUAUCUAUAAACUCUAGUGGGGAUAUCUUUGACGAUUCAUUUACUAUCAAAGAGGUUAAAGUUAAGCCUAAGAGGAAAUUGCUGUCGACCGAAGAAGUUAUAGUAAAAAGGGUAGUAAGGAAAAAAGUAGCCCCUGCAGUCAAGAAAGGCAGGUCGUGGAAGGAUUCCGCAACUAUUGUCAAUGGGAGGUCACCACCCAAAUAAGUUGAUAUAUCAUAUGGUAGGUUAACGUCGGAGAUGUUGAUGAAAGAUGAAGUAUGGUUCAUUAUCGAAAAAGUAUGUUUGAAAUGUCAAGACUUAAAGUGAAUAGUGAAAACCUAGAAAUCAAGAAACUAGAAACAGCAUAAACCUUACUAAUCAUAAUAAUUCCUGAAAAGUUUCCUAGUGUAUUUUUGAUUACGUUUUUGUGUUUCUUAUUCAUAAUCUUAAUAUAACUGAUAAAAAAUAUAACAUACUCGCUUCGCUGAUCAUUCUCGAUUGAUUGAAUUUCCCCGUGUAAUGUUGUUUCGUCCUAAGAUACUUAAUACAAUCUGAUGAUACCUGAACAAUGUACCUACAACAAUAGUGCCAUUUAUUAUACUAAACCCACUCUUUACUUAGCUUUAAAUAGUCCAUUAAUCAUUUUCUGUAACGCAUCGUUUUUGUUUACGUUAAAUAGGUAGCCCAAUCAGCGCACAUAUUUAAGCACUAAUAAAUAAUUAAUAUUAAUACUCACUUUACAAACCUUUUAAUUACAUACGCCCAUACUUAACCGCUUUAACUUAUUCCUAUGUACCUAAACCUUGUUUUUUAACAACCGAGAUUAUUUUUAAAUCAUUCUUGGAAAUAAACCCUUGUGUUCGCCUUUUCAAAUAUGAUUAAUUUAUUGAAAUAAUUACAGAAUUGUUGUAAUAUAUAUCAACAUAUAUUUAUGAAUUUAUUGGACUGUUGUAUACGUAAUAUACGUUAGAUUGUUGUAAGAUUUUUAAAGUUCUAAGGGAUUUUGUAAAAUCCUUUAUCUUAUCUAUUCUUGUAUCUAUAACAUUAUUUAAAACAUGUUGGAAACCUAAAUGUCUGUAAUUCAUGACACAAUUAAAAUUAUUACUGUAGUCAGUGCCAAAUAAUUAUCCAGUGGAACUAAAAACGAGCAAGGGUUACAUAGAGCUCAAAACAACACAGAUUUAGUCCAUAAGGCAGUUUAUAAAGCCACCUUUACAUAGAAAUACGUAGAAUAACCUAUUGUAAUACAAUUUGUACCUACUGUAACAUAGUUUAAGAAUCAAAAUCCAAUGUUACUAAAUAUUAUCAUGAUUUUGCGAUUUCAUCGAUUAUUAUGUAUUUUGAACUUAAUUUCUACCAUACUUAUCAUUACGAUGUAUCUUGGAUUAAACCAAUCUGUUGCAAAAACCCUUACAUCUGAAUAUUUAGGAAUAUUGGAUUUCUCUUAUUAUUUUGAUACCUAACCUGAUUUACCUACUAAUUUUACGUGUUUUAAUAAUAUAAUUGUUUGUCUGUAUAUCGUUGACAGUUUAUAACUCACUAAAACAGCUGUGCUGUACUUGGGUUGCAUUAAUGUGAUGAAUUUGAUUUUAAUAAUAAAUAUAGGGAAUGGUCGUUAUCUAGAAGGUGAAUAGUUUUCUGGUUACCCAAAAUGUUGCUCAAGAAUUCGUUAGAAACGAAAUUUAUGUAAUUCUAAAAAAGAAUAUGUUUGUAGUAUGGUUCAUACUAUAAAUGUAUUUAUCAAUUAAUUAUGGACAUUGAGGGUAGCAUGCAAAUUGCUUGUUACAUGUUUGUAUGCGGGGGCUUAUGUUCAACUAUGGGGGUGUUAGGUAACAAAAGAUGGUUUUUAGGAGAUAUGUCUUUAGUAUAGAAUAGCUAUUAUAGUUAUUUAAAAUUAACAAUGUGAUUUGCGAGGGUCGCAUGACUACGUCAUUACUUCACCACGAGCACUGACACUUGACCGAUCUCAAGGUCAUUGUGACUUGGUGCUUAGUAAAUUAAAAUCUAAAUGUUACAAAUAAUUGAAAAACGUUAGUUUGAAAAGUCCCUUAAAAUGUUUUUGUUAGUAAGUAUAUUGUUGGUGAAUGAUUUAGUAAAAAAUUGAUAAUGAAUUGUGGGUUUCCUUGUUUUAAUACAAUGUUACUUACGUCUUGUAAUUUACUCGUGAAUAAUGUUGAAUGAUAGUGUUAUUUUGAUGUUGAGCAUUGUGUUGUAGCGCACUGUUUUAGUGAGCCUGUUUGAUGUUGAAAUGUGCAUUGGUUUUGUGUGGUCAAUUAUAAUUAUUAUGUAAAAUAAACAGUAUUUCUUUAUUC